AUGUCACUUGGCCUACAAACAGCCCCACUGCCGCCGUUCUUAAAAUAUGAGGGACAACCACAGCAAGUGCCAGACAGUCAAGGCACGGCGUUACCUGCGCUAGAGCAGCUUCCGCCUUUGCCGACUCCCUGUACGCGAUUGGAAGUAGACCUUUAUCGCCUGUUGCGAUGCUGCGAGCGCAUCGCACGGAGCCAAUCAGCAGCCGAGCUGCAACGAGAUUUCAAGUUCCACAACGUGGCAGCGCAAGCCCAGGCGGCAAGGGCGGAGGCGUACCUUCAGCGAAUCACUUUGUUGGCUGACUUGCUGGAAGAGCACGUGCUGCCUGACAUGUGGCACAUGCCGGACAGCCUGCCUCUUCAGGACGAAUGCCAGCUGGACGCCUUGGUACCUCAAGAUCCCAACCUAUCAUCAACCUUCAGAGGAAUCAAGCCUGCUCAAUCCCAUCAGCAGCAGCAGGGAGAAAUCGAAGGAGGUGCCUUGCGGGGCUAUGUGCCAUAUUCUGCAGCCUUUGCGGGUGGGCAAGGCAGGGAGGCGUUGGGCCUUCGAUCACGCCGCCGCCAGUUGAGGGGUCGGCAUGGGCCGACUUCCAGAGAUCACCGACCAGGUUCUUCUCUCCCUGGGUCAUCCCUGGACGAUGCAUCAAGAGCAAUCAUUACAACCCAUAAGAACCUUCAGGAGGAGCUGUCGGAUCAGAUGCUGACGCUGGCAGGGCAGAUGAAGGCCAACUCGCUCGCCAUGGAGGAGAAAGUCAAAAGCUCCAAUAAGGUGACACGCUGCUGCCAUCUCAUGGAGUAG